AUGCUGAUAAGGGUGGGUACUCCCCCUAGCAUCUUGGCGGGCCCGUUAACGCCGAAUGGUCUCCACAUCAAAGUAGCAGAAGUCAUUCGAAGCGAAGAAAGUUCAUGUUGGCACCUUGAGAACGUUUUGUCGAUUGACCCUCAGCAUCCACAGACUCGUGCUCCCGUCUGUUUCGCGGUGGCUGUUGCAUCUGGCAUCUCGCGUCUUGCCACUCUCUCACAAGCCGGACCCCUGUGGAUGGACUCCCCGGCCAUCGCUCGGAUAUUCCAACAAUUGUUCACGAGACCUUCUCGACACUGUCUGCGCUGCUCUCGUGCCCCCUCUCGCACCUCUGUACCAUCGGUGCAACAACGCCGAACAUAUGCCCUUCGACGUAGACAAGAUGAUAAAGAUGGAGGCAGCGCGUGGCAACAGAGAAUUGAUGCCUUCCCCAGAGACAUGAGUCGUCAACUCAAGGAAUAUCCCCGCGUGACGGCACAAGACCUUCGACAUAGGACUCAACGGCCGCGGAGAGUCAAAAUGCUGACUCGGGACUUUAUCGAAGAUAGCCUAUACAAUCCCAACUACGGGUACUUCUCCAAGCAUGCAACGAUAUUCAAUGCUGGCACACCUUUCGACUUCCCCACCAUCAAAGACGGCGCGGAAUUCAAUCGAAUGGUAGAUUUGAGCUAUAUGGAAUUUGAAGAUGCUCUAGAUGAGGUCGCACCCGACGAAACAAGACAACUCUGGCACACGCCCACUGAACUGUUCCGGCCAUACUACGGCGAAGCCAUUGCCCGAUACCUGGUCACCAACUACAAGAUGACACUGUUUCCAUACCAUGACCUGAUAAUAUACGAGAUGGGCGCCGGCAACGGGACCCUGAUGCGAAACAUAUUAGACUACAUAAUCCAGAAUGACCCGGAAGUGCACAGCAGGACCAAGUUCAAGAUUAUCGAGAUCUCCUCUUCCCUGGCCGACCUGCAAUUGACCAGCAUACAACGAUCACCGUAUGCGGCCGAUCAUGUUGACCACAUCCAAAUCCUCAAUCGAUCAAUAUUCGACUGGAAGGAAUACGUCCAUUCACCAUGCUUUUUCCUCGCUCUCGAAGUCGUCGACAACUUUCCGCACGAUUGCCUACGCUAUGAUCCGGAGACGGAAGAACCCUUGCAAGGCAGUGUCCUGAUUGAUGAAGAUGGAGAGUUCUUUGAAUUCUAUGACCGUAACAUUGACCCGGUGGCUCUACGGUACCUCCGCGUUCGGGAGGUCGCCGCCCGCUCGCCCUUCACCACCCCAGUCUCGCCACCCAGAUUCCUACGCCGACUGCGCCAUUCAUUGCCGCUGGCCCCGAACCUGACCAAGCCCGAAUACAUCCCGACUCGACUCCUACAGUUCUUCGACGUGCUGCACCAGUACUUUCCCGCUCACCGCUUGGUGCUAUCGGACUUCGACUACCUCCCCGACGCCGUGCCGGGCCUGAACGCACCCGUCGUGCAGACGCGGUACCAACGGCGCAAUGUUCAAGUCUCCACGCCGUUCGUGCAUCAGGGUUACUUUGACAUCUUCUUUCCCACGGACUUCGCCAUGAUGGAGGACGUUUAUCGUGCUAUCACGGGCAAGUUGACCCGGGUCUCCUCCCAGAGGGCCUUCCUCGAGAGCUGGGCGCUGCUUGAACAAACGCAGGUCCGCAGUGGUGAGAACCCUCUGUUGAGUUGGUAUGCCAAUGCCAGUGUCAUGACCACCGUGUAG